CCAGAGAUAAAGCCGGCGGCCAUGUUGAAGAAGUCAGAGAUGCCAAAGCCAGAGAUGCCGAAGCCAGAGAUGCCGAAGCCAGAGAUGCCGAAGCCAGAGAUGAAGAAGACAGAGAGACCAAAGUCAGAGAUGCCGAAGCCAACGUUUAAAAAGAGAGCGAUGAAGAAGACAAUUUAUUCCAACACCUUUGAGGCGGCAGAUGUAAACAUCAAGCCCAGAUGUGGCUGGAAGAGGAGAAUACUAUCUGACUCCUCUGAUGAUGAGAAGGUCUCCAUCAUGAGAAAGGUUGCUAGAAAGUUGUCAUCAAGCUCAGAUGAGGACACCAGUGAUGAGAGGACACAAAGUAGAGGCCCUCAGGGAGAUGCAGAAGGAGGGAAAACCAGCAGUGCUUCAACCCCCUGCCUCAGAGAUGCAGUCUCUAGCACCAUCCAGAGACUGGAGUUUUACCAUCAGUUAGGCCAAGGUGCCUUUGGGAAGGUCCUGCUGGCAGCCGACUCACAUACCAACGAGUUGUUAGCUGUGAAGAUCAUGAGCAAACGACAUCUGCUAAGUGUGGGCGAAAAAGUUGCCUUUGUGGAAAGGAAAGUGCUAGAACUUGCAUCAGAAAGCGCCUUCCUCAUUCACGGCCACUUCGCCCACCAGACCAAGGAGCACGUGCUCCUUGGUAUGGAGUAUGCAAGUGGUGGUGACUUAGAACAUCUUCUGAUGAGGAAUGGGCCUCUUACCAUCUCUAAUGCAAGAUUCUACAGUGCGGAGAUUGUAUGUGGGCUCCAAUUCCUGCAUUCCAAGGGCAUCGCCCAUGGCGACCUCAAGCCAGAUAACAUCUUAGUGGCUGCAACAGGCCACCUCAAGAUCGCCGACUUCGGUCUCGCAAGUAACAUCACACCUAGAGACUGGAGUGCCACCGGCUGUGCUGGAAGAUGUGGCGACAUAACUCCUGAGGUACGUUUUCGCGAAGAGAGAGCUAUUGGUCAUGAUUGGUUUUGCUUUGGCAUCAUCUUGAGCAAAAUGGUCAACGGAAGAUCUUUUAGACCAGGCACUGCCAUCAGGGACAUCAUUGACGAGCUCUUCAGUAUCAUGCCAGCCAAACGCCCAGGAGUGAAUGAUAACAUCCGCCACCAUCGCUUCUUCCGGCACAUCAACUGGGUCGCCUUGGAAGCCCUUGAGAUGGAGCCACCAUACAUUCCUGCACCACCGACCUUUCCACCCUCUGCCUCCAUAAAUAACCAGCUAGCAAUAAUGGAGGCAGAAGAGGCCAAUAAUCCACCUGUAACAGCCCCCCAGCAGGACCGGUUUGCAGGGUUCUCAUUUACCACCUCCACCUGGAGAACCCCCCCAUAGGCACCGGGCCUACGACCGUCUGGCUGAGGCAGCAGCACUGCUGGAUGCAGGAGUUGGAGUUUCUGCAGAACAUCUGUGAUAAGAAGAUGGAUUACAACUUGGAAGAUUGUUCAUUAUUUUCUUACCAACAUUUUUUAUAUAAGUUUUUACAUUUUACUAUUUUUAAAUUUUAAUAUUACUUUUUUUACAUUUGCAUUUUAACAAUUAGUGGGGGUGGGGUGGGGGGUAUAAGUAUUUUAUAAUUUGCUAACAUUUUGUUAUAGGUAGAAACAAUUUGAAAUUUUACUAUUUUUAAAUUUUUAUAUUUACCAUUUUACAUUUACAUUUUAAUUAUUAGACUUUAUAAGUAUUCUGUAAAUUUUAUUUUAAAGUUUAAAAUUUUUUACAUUUUACAAUUUUAAUUUUUUUGAAUACAAGCAUAACAUCAGGUGUGUGAUGGGCCGGCUAAAGGGGACGGUUGGAGGCCGGUAUUUUUUAUUUUUUUUACAUAAACAUUUUAAUAGUUAGGGGCCCAUUUAUCAAAUAAUAUUUCUGCUAUACCUGCUGCAAUCCCUCCAUUUCUGCCCACAGCUACAUUCCCCAUAGGUUUCUAUGGGGGAUGCGAUGCUGCCUAAUGUAUCAAUAUCGGGAACGCAAAGCAUUCCCAAUAUUGGGGGUAAUUCAAAGUUGAUCAUAGAUGUGCUAAAUGUAGCACAUCUAUGAUCCUUUACUGUGACAUGCGGGGGGACGCCCAGCACAGGGCUAGUCCGCCCCGCAUGUCAGGCCCUGCUCCCCCCUACACAGGUACAAAAGCAUCGCACAGCGGUGAUGCUUUUGUACCUGACAUGUAGCUCCCUGCCUGCGCAGCUCCUGCUAGCUGGCAGAGGGCUAACUGCCAUGUCCUGGGUCGCAGCGGCUGCGUGUGAUGUCACGCAGCCACUGCGGCCCACCCACCCAACAGUACAGAGACGCCUCCAUUGUUCGGACCGUGCCCCACCAACGGCGUUCUAACGCAGUUGGCACGCCCCCUCCCGUCCCGCGACUGCCUCUGCCUGUCAAUCAGAGGCGAUCGCACCAGUGAGAUGCUUUCUCAUCUCACUGGCUGCACAUGCACAGUGCACCACUGCGCAAGCGUACUGCGCAUAGUAAUUCAGACAGCAAUCCCUGCCGAUGCAGCAAUGCAGUCUGAAUUACCCCCAUUGUCCCUCGCAAAAUUGCGGUAGCCCAUUGUAGCCUAUGGGCUAUGGAUCGCGAAAAGUAGAUCCAGCUGGGUUCCCUAGGAACCCUCCGCCAGAAAUGCCUCUGUGCAUUGCGGUCACCCCCACAGCUACCGCAAUAUUUUGAUUGCGAUAGCCUAUUGUAGCCUAUGGGAUACGGAUCGCGAAAGUAAAUCCGUCUGGGUUCCCUGGGAACCCUCCGUCUGAAAUGCCUCUGUGCACGCAUGCACAGGGGGCCUAAUUCAGAUCUGUUCGCUCGCUAGCUAUUUUUUGCAGCGCUGCGAACUGAUAGACGCCGCCUAUAUGGGAGUGUAUUUAAGCUUUGCAAGUGUGUGAACGCGUGUGCAGCCGCCCUGUAUAAAAACAGCUUGUGCAGUUUCUGAGUAGCUCUAACCUUACUCAGCCGCUGCGAUCACUUCAGACUAUUCGAGCCCGGAAUUGAUGUCUGACACCCCCCUGCAAACGCUUUGACACGCCUAUGUUUUUCCAACCACUCCCAGAAAACGGUCAGUUGCCACCCACAAACGCCCUCCUCCUGUCAAUCUCCUUGCGAACGGCUGUCCGAAUGGUUUCUUCUCUAGAACCAGUGCACAACAAUGAUCCGCUUUGUAACCGUACGGUGCGCCUGCGCAUUGCGGUGCAUACACAUGCACAGUAGUUACCUGAUCGCUGGGCAGCGAAAAAUGCUAGCGAGCGAACAGAUCUGAAUUAGGCCCAGGAUCCCUGUCCCUGCGGGUGCCAGGUGAUACAUUCACACAUAUUGCAAUGCGAUUCUGGGUGUUAAGAUCCAGUCCAGAUCGCAUUCAAUAUGCAACCCUUGAUAAAUGGGCCCCUAAGUGAGUUAAAAUGUAUUUUUCCAUCAAACCAUAACAACACAAAAUAAGGUGUGUGAUUGGCCCGGCUAGAGGGGGCGGUUUGGAGGCCGGCUUUUUUUUUUUUUUUUUUUUUUUUUACAUUUACAUUUUAAUUCUUAGUGUCCUACUAUAUAUUUCCAUAACACAAUAAUAACAGAAAGCAGAGUAGGCCUGUCGUGGGUUAAACUACGAGGCUACAUGGGGGGAUUGUGUGAGAUACUCAGUUUAUUUUUAUCCAGUUAGGUUUUUUUAGGGAUGGGAUUCUAGGCUUUGCUGUACCAGAGGUGACACUGUCUGUGUAGUCACAUUGCUCAUUUCUUUUUAUUAUAAAAGAAAAAUGUAUUAUAAAUAUUUUUAUUAUUUGAAUAAAUUUGGUGUUUAAAUGUU